AUGGGCAAGAAGAAGAGCACCAGCGCCUCGGACGCAACCAACGUCAGCCGUGACUGGAGCGCCUCCGCCAUUUCCAACCGUGACGUGAACAGGCUGCGAGCCCUGGGCCUCAUCUCCUCAUCUGAUGAUGACAUUCGUCUCCCAGGUAGCGGGAGUACCACUGUACCUCCUUACCCACCACCUUCGUACGGUUCAUACCCUCCACCUCCGUAUCCGUACGCGCCAUAUGGUCCGUACCCUCCAGCACCUCCAGAAGCCACUGCACCAAGCUCCGAGUCCAAUGCCGCGGAAACAAUCGUGCCACCGCGUCCAAAGAGGCUUGACUGGACAGCUGCGGAAGAGGAAAAACUGGUGCAUUCUUGGAUUUUUAACUCCAAGGACUCUGUCGCCGGUAAUUGCAAGACCGGCACGAGUUUUUGGGGUCAGAUAGCUGAAACCUUCAACUCUACCUCCGAGCCUGCCCGUCGUCGGACCUCCAAGCAACUGAAGGAUCAUUGGAACGCCUACAACAAGGAGGUGUCCCUGUUCAAUGGAUACUACAUCCAAGAAUCAGGGUUACGUCAGAGUGGAGCAGACGAUGAUAUGGUCAUGAAGGCGGCAAUGGAGAGGUACGCCGCAGACAAAAGAGUGACUCACCCGUUCAGACGGCACCACUGGUGGGAAGCUGUUCGCAAUGAAGCGAAGUGGAAAGGACAACAUGGUCCUGGUAGUGGAACCGAUUCCACAUCGAAGAGAAGCCGUCUGGGAGUUUCUGGUGAGUACAACUCUGGCGACGCGACUACGGAGGAGGAGCGUCCACCGGGCCGCGAUAGAGCCAAGGCCGCGGUACGUAGUGCAAGGAGGAAGGGGAAGGCAACCUCAUCAAGCAGUGAGCCGCUGAUGUCCCGGCCCCACCAGUUGUGGCUUUAUACUGGCAAGGACGACAAGUGGAGGGUCAGCUUUGCCGACCUGACGGCCGACGAACUCCGAGACGAAGUCCGCCGCUUGACGUGCCUCGGUAUGAAGGACAAUAUUGUCUUGACAUCGGCUCGUUCCCCUUAUGAUCUAGACCAUCUUCCGACUGAGGCCUCCAUCGUGGCUCAAUGCUAUCCUCCUACACCCAAAAGCGGUGUGGAACCAGAGGAUGAUGAAGAUGACUCCGAGGCGACCGAGGACGUCCAGCACGUCCUUGAGGAUAGUGACAUCCAAGAGGAUGAAGCUACCGAAGAUGAUGCCUUCAUCAGGAGCAGGCGACGUAAACAGAUAAACGAGGAUUUUAUUACAACGGCUGAAUCAAGUCCUAGCGGACAAGAUAAUGAUGCCGUUGGAACCGCACCGCCUUCCCCUAUUAUGAAAGGUUCGACAAGCUUUUUCGCUGUCAAAGAUGACCUGGACCUCUCUGAUGACAAUGAUGUUCCUCUCGCAAAGAGGGCUAAAUUAUCCUUUGAGAGAACUGCAUCAGCUAAGGAGCCGAAUCCCUCUCCCGCCAAGUCGACACCGCCCCCACGAACGACUGUAGAGAAGAUUCCGAUGUCGAAGGUUAUUCCUUCUGGCGAUGCUCCCACCUCGUUGGUUGCUCGGGACCAUCCGAUUUAUGGCACAAUUGAUGCUGUGGUAGACUUCGCCGAGCGGUUCACCCAACUAGAGUCUGAAAAUGCUCAGCUUCAGAAGACCGUCAAAACUUCGGCUGACCAGGUGUUGGAGGCCAACAGGCUUGCCACCGAUGCCAAAAACGAAAACGCCUUGCUGAAGGACGAGUUGAAAAAGCUGAAGCGACAGAUGAAGGAUGAACAAGAUGCCAGGCGCGAGGUGGCAUCUGCAGCCGACAAGAAGGAAGGCGUCCUCCGUGAGUCCAUCACGAAUUUAUUGGGUAAGGUUCUCAGCACAUAA